GGAAAAGGUGUUGACGCAGUCGGUUGUUGUCAGUGGCGCUGCCGGAAGUCCCACAGCGAGCAGAGCAGAGACGCCACAAAGCCUGAAGACUCACCGCGGAGCACCGACGCUUUCACGGACUCUGGCUGCUGCUGUGUGGAAGUUGCCGCUUUUAGCGUCUUUGUGCGUCCGAGGCGUCCCUGUUGAGCGUGUGUGUGUGCGACUGGGUGCGUGUAGCGCCGUUCUGCAGCGUGCGCGAUGUCUUCAGAGCUGCUGGUGGAUUUCGGAGAUGAACCUGCGACUGCACAGCUCGGGCAGCUGAAGCUGGCCACGAUAGAGGACCAGCAGUGGCCCACCGAUGAGUCGACUCUCAGCAAGUCAGAGACGGACCUCUCCCAGCAAUUUGACAGUGGCUCUCCCCACCUGCCCUGGGACCAUCCCUUCUAUGAUAUCGCCCGGCAUCAGAUCAUUGAGGUGGCAGGUGAUGAUAACUUUGGCAGGAAGGUGAUAGUGUUUAACGCCUGCAGGAUGCCCCCACACCAUCAGCUGGACCAUCACAAGCUGCUGAUGUAUCUCAAAGGAACACUGGACCAGUACGUGGAAAGUGACUACACUCUGAUCUAUUUCCAUCACGGGCUGACCAGCGAAAACAAACCGUCUCUCGGCUGGCUACGAGAUGCGUACAGGGAGUUUGACAGAAAGUACAAGAAGAACAUCAAGGCUCUGUACAUCGUCCAUCCCACCAUGUUCAUCAAGACUCUGCUGAUCCUCUUCAAACCACUCAUCAGUUUUAAGUUUGGCAGGAAGAUCAACUACGUGAGCUAUCUGAGCGAGCUGGAGGAUGUGGUGAAGUGUGAUCAGCUGCUCAUUCCAGCACGCGUCAAAGAGUACGACAACAAGCUGAGAGCGUCUCUGAAACCGAGCGCCCAGCCUCCCAUGUCCCCUCUUCGCAGCCCUCCGCUCCCCAACCAGGUGUUUGGGGUGCCUCUUGCAUUGCUCAGAGAGAAUAGUCCAGACGGUGAUCAAAUUCCUGUGGUGAUGAGAGACACAAUCAGUUUUCUUUCAGAGCAGGGUUUGGAGAUUGAGGGGAUCUUCAGACGGUCGGCCAACGUCACUCUGGUGAAGGAGGUCCAGCUCAAAUACAACUCAGGUGCGGAGGUGAAUUUCAGAGAGCUUGAAGACGUUCACUUGGCGGCUGUGAUUCUGAAAACCUUCCUGAGGGAGCUGCCCGAGCCCCUGCUCACCUACCAGCUCUACAACGACAUCGUCAACUUUGCCACUGUUCCCAGUGACAACCAGGUGUCGGCUCUGAAGACGCUGGUCGAGUCACUGCCAGAGGAGAACCGCACGUCGCUGCGAUACCUCAUCACGUUCCUGGCACAGGUGUCAGCCAACAGCGAGGUGAAUAAGAUGACCAACAGCAACCUGGCUGUGGUGUUCGGUCCCAACCUGCUCUGGGGGCGGGACAACGCCAUGUCACUGAGCGCCAUCGGGCCGAUCAACAACUUCACCAGAACCCUGCUGGACCAACAGCAUCUGGUCUUCACCUAAACCAGCACCCCACUGGGAGCCGCCUUCUCAUACAGCAUUUAGUCGGACCAAUCAGCAGCUUCAUCAGGGUACUUCCCCAUCAGCAGCACAAUAUAUAAAAAACACUUCAUCUGCUUUUCAAUUAAAAUACCAUAAAAUAUAUCAGAAUAUCCUACAAUAUCCUUCAUUUAGUCUCUAACCGUUCUUUCCAGUCUGAUUGUGAUGCCAUUUCCAUGAGCCUCCCUGCAUGAGUGGCUGGAAAUGGAACACGCAUUAGACCAGCCAAUCAGAUGAUGCCUCUUUGACUGACAGAGACUACAACUGACACAGCGGCUCUGCAGUGAUUUUACUGUUGCACCUACUCAAAGUCUUACUGGUCAUGGUAGCAGAGGCCAUGACGUCCUGGAUUAGAAUCCCUUCCACCAAUCUCCAAACCACCAUAUCCAUGUUGUACAUUUCCAGGAAUGCAGCUUAUUGAAAUCUCCUAUCAGCCCCUGUGUAGUAAACCCGCACUUUGAAACCACAGUAUUCCCCCAGUUCACAACACAGACUUUCAGUUAUAAAUCUGAUUAUUAAGCUCUGAGAUAACCCUGAUGAGUAAUUUCUCUGAUUUUACGAGUGAAAUUAACUUGUUAAACUUCAAAUUAAAUCCCCGGUGACACGACACAUUCCCUCAGCGGAAGUCAGUUCACACGAACACAACAUCAGACUGCAUAGGGAAGUGAUGUCAAAUGGCAGUGCUGUCAAUAAGCCAGCACAAUACAAACUGCUGUGAUGUAAUAACAGUCUCUUUCAGUCAGAACCUGUCUAAGUCAUGUUCUUAAACUAAUAACACAAAAACAAAGCUUAUCUUUCGUGUCUUUGUUAAACACACACGAUAAAGUGUGAUGGAGUAUUACAUAAAUCAAUGUUGAAGAAAAAGAUCCUGAGAUUAUGAGAGUUAAGUCAUAAUUUUACAAUAUAUUCUGACUUUAUUCUUGUAAACAUACAACUCCAUUCUUGUAAUAUUACAUUAUCUUCUCAAUUACGACUUUAUCCUUGAAAUCUCUUCUUUUAUUUUCCCCUCCUCCACACGUCCCUGAUACCCUGUCGUUUCAAACAUUCACACACGUUCUCCAACCUGCUCUGAAUGUUUGACCAGUGUUUUCAUUAUGGACCAAACAACACAAUAGUUCGUGUGUUAUUAGUUCAAUUAGAUUGUAAUGUGUUCAGACAUUUCCCUGUCGCAACAUUACAUAUUCCUGAAUCUACCACCUCCUCAUCCCCCCCCAGCCCACCCUCCAUAACCCCCACUACUAAAUACUAAUGCAUGUGUCUGUACCUGUUUCCAUGUGUUUCUCAGGCCCGACCUGAACUCAGUGUGGCUCGUCCUCUUUUAUCUCUGUAGGGAGAUUACUAGCGACUGGACUUAGAUCCUCAGUCUCUGUAUAUAUGUGCUGUGCCGUGUUGUGCUGUCGAUCUUCCUGCCUGCUCCUUUCUAACAAAACAAGAAAAAAUGGCCUCCAGCUUCACAGAAAGACACAGAGAGCCGGGUGGUAUAUAUAUAUAUAUAUAUAUAUAUAUAUAUAUAUAUAUAUAUACAUAUAUACAUGUAAAUGUAUAAUAGCUACAGAUGAUGAGAGAAUGCAGGUUUUGAACCUUGUAUGACCCCAGAGUGAAGAGAGGAGCAAGUCUCAGGUUAACUUUGAACUCGGUGAACUUGGUACCAAACGUUGUGUGUGGACAAUCUCUGAAACGCUGUAAUGAAGUGGAGCAGAGUGUUAAAGCUCAAACCCAGAUCAGAGGAGUCACUGCUGCUCUGGACUCUAUCCUGCUUCUUCACAGCUCUUUCCUUACUAUGUUUGAUUCAGUAUUAAUAAGAAGAUCUUUGACUUUCCCGCCGCCGCAACAUAAUACUGACUUAACUGGUCGUAGCUGUUUUGUGUUUUAAUGGUACUGGAUAAACAGCUGAAACAUCUCCACAGAAUGAGAUCCAACAUUCAGUAGCACAAACACAGGAAGUACAGGACCGUCGUUUACCUCAAGAUGAACACAGUUAAUCACAAAAUGGAGCUACACAAAGUUUUGACAUCUUCGAUAAUUGAGACAGAGAAUAUUUCGUCCUUUCAAACUCUUAUCAAAGGCAGCUCCCCCCCCCUCUCUGAACCAUCCUAUCUUGUAGCAUUCAGUGCAGAUGUAUCUAUGGAUUUGUGGGUAUUGAAGUCUAAAGCAUUUUAAACCAUGACAUGUCAGUAGUCUCCAGGAGCUGCUGCAUGCCUGAUACGGGCUUGUGCACCUGACACACUGACAGUGGUCGUGUGUGAGUUAUUGUCGUUUGUUGUCUUUUAUUCCGCUGCCAUCUUAAGGCGUGCUGCAUCGCCGCUGUGCAUUCUGGAUCUUUUUAGUCCCUUCAUAUAGCCGAGGAAAAUAUUUCCCAUGAGGGAAGUCGCUGGUGGGAUAUUUGCUCUGUGUUUGCCUUAUGUUGUGGUUGAUGGUGCACAGCUGAUGUGUGAUGGUAUGUGGGCGUGUGCUCUCUCUUCAUGGUGCAGGCUCCUCUGGGAAGUUAAACAAUAUCAAUAAUCACCGGAAGAUAACUUUCAUCAACAGCAAUGUUACAAAUCAAUAUAGCUGUUAUGCCUUGUGCCGAACCGCUCCUUAAGAAGAGUUAAAGAUCUGUCUUUUAUCCAAGUAAUACAGUAAUGUGGCAUUUAUUUGAUUGGAACACUAAUAUUGCUCGACUUGCCAGUCGUCAUUUAAAGGGGAAUUCCAGUCAUUUCCAACCUGGGCCCCUAUGUUUGUAAAUGUGUGUAAAUGAAAGGUACUUACAAAAAGCUUCAGGGAAACUGCGACAGUCGACAGAAUCGCCACUUAAAGUCCGGUCCUCUUCCGCUCUCUCUCUCUCUCUCUCCUUGUUUUUGCUUCAAUUUGUAGGAACUCUUCUUCCGUUUAUUCUGCUUUAAACAAAUUGGGAAGAUUAUUGAAGUCAAAGGCUUCAUUGACAUCAUCCACAUCCGAAAAGGAUUCAGCUUCUCUCCUCUCAACCUAAGUGAGACUUCUCAUUGCUGUCGCCGGACUCGUUGCAAAGACCCUAAACAAUAAUUUGUCAUUUGAAUCGACCAUAUCUAAGAGAGACACGCCUGGUUGAACUCUGAGGUGCAUCAUCAAGCUUUAUACUUUCUCGUCAUUCCGUUUCCAAAGCCUUAAUUUCAAGACCAUUUCUCGCCGCCUGUCUCCAAAGUCAGCUCAUCCAAAGCUUUGCAUUCUGUGUCAAAUUCCAACAAUUAUUCAGGUUUGAGGAGCUCGGUGUACUUUGUGGUUGACGAGUGCCUGUGUUAUAUAUAUAUACAACUUUGGCUGCAAGUCCCAGGAACAGAUCAAUCACCUAUUUGCCCCCUUUGGACCCUGAUCACUUUAUUCCUGCGGUUUUGUGUGGAGACCCAAAGGGGCCGAACACUAUCGUUGUGCUUUAUGUCGUCAGUGGUGAAAACCUGAACAGCGAGUCAAUACUAGUGUUGUGACGUUAUGGUUGUUAUGAUGCGACGUGACUGAAAACAUCAUCAGGUCUGAGAUCAGUUUGACUGAAGCUGAAACAAAGAAGAAGAAAAAAAAAAUAUCUCAACUGUUUAACCUGUUGUAUCUCCCGGUCGUGUGAAUGCCAUGAUGGUAAUUGACAGGCUAUUGGUGUAUAUAUGGGUGUGUGUGUGCAAGUGUGUAUUUGUGUGUAAUUCAGAUGGACCCAACUCAUUUGAAAAUAUGUUGGGGUUUAAAUGUAUAGCUAAAGAAAACUUUAAAAAAAUAAAUAGGGCUCUGUCAUUUAAAGUGUGUGUGUGUGUGUGAGUAAGUGUGUGUGAGUGCAUGAGAAAGACAUGCAAUGUUCUUUUUGUGUUUGAUUUGUAUGAUUUGAAAAGACAAGCAAAAAAACAAGAUGAACCCAAGACAAUAUUGACAACUUUGGUGGUAUAGUUUUAUUAUUCGACAAUGUGUCUCUGUGUGUGUGUGUGUCUGUGUGUGUGUGCAUGCUCGUGCCUUAUCUGUUAACCCCCAAGUGAUAGUGUGUGAUUAGCCAUCAAAGUGCCAGUUUGCCCGUUCUGCCAUAGAUUAACACAACACGAGGUGCGUUCAACACGGCUCUGGUGUUGGACCGUGUUCACGACAGGAGUCGCAGCACAGCAGACAAGUGGAGCUUCCGUCCAAACUCGUCCGCUUGCUGAACUCAGGUCAGCUGUAAUGGAAACUCACAGGCUUAAAGAAAUCCGUAACAUCGGAGGAGGAUUAAAGGUUCAGUGUGUAGAGUUUAGUGACAUCUGGUGGUGAAGUUGCAUGUUGCAGCUGAAUACGCGUUGUCUCAUUAGUUUGUCCAAUCUGGGCUACUGUAAAAAAAAAAAAAAGAAUGGUGGCCACCCUAGAGAGGACCAGCUCCCUAUGUCAAUAUAAAGGAUUUAAUUAUAAAGGGCCAAUUCUAGGGUGAAGAAAACAACAAUUUGUAUAAUUUAGAUGACACACACGAGUGAAAACGUCACUAGGAUUAUGAGUUAAUUAUAUUAUAUAUUCAGUUUCUGCCAAUUGAUCCUUUAUUUUACCUGAAUCUUACACACUGGACCUUUUUAAAGCUGCUUCCAAUCAAUUCUGACACAACAAAAGUAAGAGGGACUUUAGAAGAGUUUGAUUUAGAACUGAGGUAUAUCUCAUUUCUGGAUUCUCAGAUUCAUCUCAAAAGCAUUGAAUCCUCUUCCAGCACACUAUCGUUUACUUUUAAUCUUGUUAGUUCACACGUUUAGUUUUCAGAUAUUCAAACUAAAUACGACCACAUUCAUAUUCAGUUUCAUUUCUCUCACUGUUUUUCCUUAACUCUGUUGAUCCAUUACAGCUCCAGUCUAAUCUAUGGAUCUUUGUACUGUAAUUGUCUUCAUGGUGACAGUGAACAAUAUUUUUCUCCCGGGAGAAAUGAUUUUUGUUUCCAGGCUGAUCUUAUCGAUACGUUGUGACUUUAUUUUCUUAACUGUAAAAUCUUUUUUUUCAUCCUUUUACUUUUUGAUAUGUCGUGGAUCUUUAUUCCUAUAAAUGUAUGAUAUAAUGAUAGUAUACUGUAAUAUCAAUGUGUGCAAGAAAUAAAGAGAUGGUGAAUGAACA